CUUGAAGAAACAGCUUUAAAUGAAAUUGAUCAACUUAUUGGAAGUUUAGAUGAACCAAUUAAUAAAUCAAUUUCUAUCAUAAAAGAAGAAUUAAAUGAACAGAAUCCACUUGUGAAAAUAAAGAAAGACCUUAUGCAACCUUUUGAACCUCAGAAAGCCUUUCAAAUCUCACCUUUUAAAGGAACAACUUGA